AGUGAUGUCACCCCACUCCUGUGUGGACAGUCGUUCCACCCGCAGUGUGUGUUUCCCGUUCGUCUCCAAAACGCAAAAGCAACAUUACGCAUGGCACUGUGCCAUCGGAGGACUUUUGUCGUGGAGCCUUUGUGGAUUGUGAAGUCUGUUCUUCUCACAUUUGUGAUGCAGUCGGGACUUGGUAUCUAGAACAAUUUGAAUGGCCGGUGAUGAAGGCUUUGCUAUUUCAGAGGAUUAGUUUUUGCAGCCUUUGCGUCUCAUGUAGGUUUGCGCAGAUCUGGAGCAUUACGCGCAACCUGUCUCCAUGCAGCGCACCUAGCUGUUUUAGGAAGGAGAACUGUGCAAAAUAACAAAGAUGAUACGAAAGGACUAUUUGCAGUCAGAAUGGAAUUAACCCCGUUAGAUCUGUUGGUGGAAAACGUUUCCAACAAUGAGAACACCACCGACGCACCGUUUGCUUUGCCACACACGGAGGUAGCCACUGCGCUCAUCAUCCUGGUGGUCACUGUGAUCAUUUUUGUGACCAUUGUGGGCAAUGUGUUGGUGAUUGUAGCAGUGCUCACUAGCAGGGCUCUCCGUGCGCCCCAGAACCUUUUCCUUGUCUCUCUUGCAUGUGCGGACAUCCUGGUGGCCACCCUGGUCAUCCCCUUCUCCCUUGUCAAUGAGGUGAUGGGCUACUGGUACUUUGGGAGUACUUGGUGCGCCUUUUAUCUAGCUCUGGAUGUGUUGUUCUGCACCUCAUCCAUCGUGCACCUGUGCGCCAUCAGCCUGGACCGCUAUUGGUCCGUGACAAAGGCGGUGAGCUACAACCUGAAGCGGACACCAAAGCGCAUCAAGUCCAUGAUCGCCGUGGUUUGGAUAAUAUCUGCUAUCAUCUCCUUCCCUCCUCUCCUCAUGACCAAACAUGACGAGCGGGAGUGCCUGCUGAACGAUGAGACCUGGUACAUCCUCUCAUCCUGCCUCGUGUCCUUCUUCGCUCCGGGUCUCAUCAUGAUUCUGGUUUAUUGCAAGAUCUAUAAAGUGGCCAAGCAGCGCUCCUCCACCGUAUUUGUGGCCAAGAACGGCCUGGAGAGGCAACCCUCUCAGUCAGAGACCUGUUUUGUCAGGAAGGACCGGUUCGAGAUGGAGAGCCCGAGCAGCCAAAGCUCCGGGAGCCAGCAGCAGGGGCAGGGGGAGCUGGAUGACAUCGACCUGGAGGAGAGCUGCUGUCAGUCAGAUACUAAAACCCGCCACCAUCGCUUCACCAAGCGAAGGAAAGUGGAGGGAUCGGACUGCUGCCCGCCACAGAACUGCCGACUCUCCUGGGCUUCGGCCCGGGCGUUACAGCUCUACCCGGAGCAGAAGAAUCCAGCUGUGCGACAACAGCUGGCGGCAGCCAACAAGACCAAAGUGGCCCAGAUGCGGGAGAAGCGCUUUACCUUCGUGCUGGCGGUGGUGAUGGGAGUGUUUGUGCUCUGCUGGUUCCCCUUCUUCUUUACCUACAGUCUGCAUGCAAUCUGCAGGGACAGCUGCUACAUUCCUGGUGCACUUUUCAACCUUUUCUUCUGGAUUGGCUACUGCAACAGUUCUGUGAACCCCAUAAUCUACACAAUUUUCAACAGGGACUUCAGAAAAGCCUUCAAGAAAAUCAUAUGCAGAACUUCAAAACGCACGUGAAGGGGUUCCAGUUCUUUUGUUCUGCCUGUCACUCAAUAGUACCAGGAAGGAGCUGUAUUAUUAUAACUCAUUGUUCUUGCCUACUGUCUGCUUUCCCUUCAUUUUGAUGUAAUAAUUAUGAUAUUGAAAAACAAGCCAGUGUUGUGCAAACAUUUAAGUGUCUAUGAAUAAAAGUCAUAUGGUGGAGUAAAACAAAACAAAAAUAUUUUCAGUCCGUCAGUGUUGCAAACCUGAUCAAAUGUGGUCACGUUUUGGCUUAUUAUUCUGUUUGAGAUAUGAGAUGUAUUACUGCAUAUCUCUUAAUAAGAAAUCCGUGCUGGAUCAAUCCUGCAGCAAGCAGGAGAAAAGAGAUGCUUCAUUUGAAAUCAUGUACAUAGCUGGAUUCCACUGCUGGCAGCUGGUUCACAGUGGGUGCUUUGUUUUAAGAUAAAAAGAAGAUUAAUCACCAUCUUUAACAUAUGAACAUGAGGAUGAGCAUGAAGGCAAGUAUCGCCUGUGAGUGUGUGUCAUGGAAAUAGAAGUGUAGGAUGCUGCAUGGUUGGAAUGUUUCAUAAUAUUACAGGUAUUUCAUAUAAAUGAAUCUGUCGGUACUUGCUGAAUUUAAAGCUACAGCAAGGCUUGCAGCCAUUUGCUAUCAGUGAACCCUCAAACUUAUGUAAGUGUCUAAUGCCCCCCCCAGCCUCAUUUCACCACCUCACACCAGAACAAUGGCCAAGCUGUGGCCUGUGUGUGCAGAAUGCCUUGGAUCAGUCUCUAUAUUUCAUUUCAAUACAUCACAGUAGCUUGUGAAUACAUUGUUAAAAUGUGUGAGGUCCCAACUCUGCUGUAAAACCUAGAUCCAGUGUUGUGAAUUUAAAUCUAGGUUAUGUUGUCCCAUAAAUGUCUCUUUCACUGAAGUGCCAAAAUCAUUUUUUUUAUUUAUUUGACAAAUUAAAAGUUUUUGUCAGGGUGGUAGAAAUAAAAUCAAGCGGAUUAGACGCAGUGGAGGAAAGAUACUCUCAAAAUACAAACAGUCCCGUCCCCUCCCCUCCAUCCUACUAAAUAACAUCUCUGAACAGAAUUAUUGCAUUAGAGAGCUGGAGCAGCAUGAAGUCUCUUAGGUACGAAAAGAGAGUUUAAUAUUUACGAGUCAAUUCUCAGAAUAUAAUUGUGUGCUUGAUGAAGCUGUGCUAUCACAUGUGAAGCCAUAAAUCUUGAUUUCAUUAUCUUCCUGCCAGUUUAAAAUGUGCAGAAAGAAUUCCCACAAGGGACAAAUCUGAUCAAACGUCAGCCUAUAUGGGGAAAAGCAUGAAGUAAUUUAUGAUAUAAGUAAUGUACAUGAAAAGGGAGUGCAGUGGUCAGAUGUAGGGCUUUAUUUGAACUUCACAGCACUGUUCUCCAUAUAGCUUCAAACUGCGCUCGGUUCAUGAUGAAUGUGGGAUAUGAAGUGUAUGUAAAAGGGUGAAUAUAUCAGAGCUUGCACGCAGAGGCUUCUCUGGGAAAACUCUGGUUAGUGAGAAGAAGGCUGACCACGUCAACAUCAAUGUAUUGUCUGCAUGGGGGUGCUGGGGAUAAAUACACUAUUUAUAUCCUCUUAGGAAUGUCUUCAAAGAACUCCUACAGCUCACUGGCACCUUGCCAAAGAUAAUCACCCCGUCUGAGGGGUGUCAUGCUCAAAAGGAAAAAUUAAACAUUUUUUUAAUGCUCGUAUUCGUGAGGGUAUUGUUAAAAUAUCAUCAAGGGAAAUAAAAGUGAAGGUGGUUGCAUAUUUCCUUUUCCUCUUGACGUGCAUCGCCGCUUUAUUUAUGAACACAAUUAGAAAGUCUGAGAGAAGUGGGGCCGGUGUGAGGAGGGAAACUUUAUCUCAAAGGGAUUCACAAAACCCUUGAAACAAAUGAAAUGUCAGGGCAGAGUAGCGCUCGCAAGAGGCGAUAAAAUUAGUUUUGUCUCUUCACCAUCUUUAGCAGGAUGGAAAUGAUGUUUACUUAUCUGUAACUUAAUAAGAUGUUGUUGUUCACAUAUCACAUAUAACCUGAUUUCUCUGGAGGAUGCAGCCAUCAAUUCAUGUUUCAUUACCCGAGGUGGAAGUAUUUACAUGAAAACUCACAUGUAAUCUUCUUACUGAUAGCAUACUGAUUAGUAUCCGACAAGACAUGCAAUUCCCUUGUUAAAUCACGCAUCCCUAAUUCAAUUGUUUUCCCAAUCAGCUUCUCCACUGCAGCAAGAAAUGGAGCACAAUCCUUUUAAUUAGCUGGAGUGUUUUCUGUUAACUUUCAUGUGUAAUUUCUCCAGUCAUGUCUACUCAAACACAACCCUGUUACAUCUAAUGUCACCAUGUCAUGUAAAAAUCUAUUAUGUUUUUUGGUGACGUCCCACAAGACAAGACAGGGAUCUUUAAAAGUCCUUCAUUAUUCAUCAGGUACAUGCUCUGAUAAUUGAAUUAAAAAAAAAAAAAAAAAAAAGUAUGAUGUUUGUGCUCUGUUGAUUUAUAGUUCUACAGUCUGCAUUUUCACCAACUAAAUCCUUUAUUUACUCCAGACUGUAAACAAAGUUGGAGACUAUAGUUCAGGAAGAGAGACAGCGCUGCAGUGACCCUUAACCUCCCAGACUUUCUUCCUAAUGGUUUAAUGAGAUAAACAGACCAACAGGACAGAGCCAAAGCAUUUCCUUGUGUGUGUUAAAGCUUGAUCCAGGCAUCUUGAUAGGGAAAAAAGAUGGUUAGAGCUGUUUAGGGUGAGCACUUAGGGCAAGAUUAUUUGCAGUCACAGUAGUCAGAGAAGAGAUUGUUAUAAAUGUUUCAAGAGGGCUGCAGCAUUGAACAAAAGGAGCCACUUUGGAAAAAAGAUAGACUGGUGAAAAGAGCAGUUGCUUCUUGUCUUCUGCUACAUUACCUUGUUUGUCACAUCACAGCAUCUGCAGGUAAUUGCUUUUUUCAAUUGUCUCUAACAAGAUAAGGGUUGGAGGCGAGCAAGGCCAACACUGGCGUCAAUCCCAGGAAGCUGGAGAAGGAGACCCGCUUUGUAAUUAGUGUAAAUCAGCUGGUGUCAUGUUGAAGCGAGGGUCAGGACUGACCUCACCGCCUGCAGGCUAUUCUAAUAUAUCAUCCUGCUUAACGCAACCAAUAUCUGACUUGAGGUGUCAAAGUAAAUCAUACAAGCGUCCCGCUAAAUUACAGAUGACAGUCAGAUUACUCACCUCUGUUUGUAUCUCUGAUUUCAAAUGUAUGCAGAUAUUGUAUCCUCCACAAGUCUUGAUGGACUGAGCAAGAGGAGGCUAACAGAUGUCAAAUUCAAAAUGUAUUUUUAAAGCAACUUUUACUACCAAACAAAGUGUGGAUGCUGAGGAGCAGAAGCUGUCACAGAAUGGGCCGGCUAUAAUGCAAAAAAGACAAAGUGAUUGCAGCCUGCUACUGAUUAUCUGUGUACAUCAGUGGGAGCAUUUCAUUAGGUGCACAUUCUUCCUGGAAGAUUAAACCCUCUUUUAUUUCCCUUCACAUGCAGUAUCUCAAACAGAACAUUUGUGCACCUGAUUUAUUUUUUCUAGAUGGUUUGUGCGCUGCAUGUCUCUCAUAAUCUCAGCUGGAAGAUGGUGUUCUAGGUAUACUCUAAUGCUUUCCUUGUUCAGACGCUUAUAUUACUGGAAUGAUAAUAUUCCCUGCUGGAUGGAAGUGCAUCUGACCUAUUCUUUUUGGUAUUUAUUUCCACCAUUAUCUAUAAAAACACACACCUUCAGCACUCUGCCAUGGGUUUUUCCAUUACACACAUUAUGGCAUAGUAAGUACAGCAUUAACAGGACACCUACGACCUGUGAUAUACAGGAACUCUGACAUCUAAAAAGAGGACAUGGACAAGUCCCACCAUUGUACAAGAGUAUGUCAAGGCUGCAACAGGAACACAAAAAAACAUUAUGAAGUAAUAUUAGUGUACUGAUUUUCUCUUUUCAUGGAACACACAAACCUAAUAACAACAACAACUAUUAUUAUCAUUAUCAUUAUCGUUAUCAUUAUUAUGAGAAGGAAAAGGAGAAGGAGAAGGAAAAGGAAAAGGAGAAGGAAAAGG